AUGUGUUUUGCUUGGACAGUGUUAGUAGUAGUUUUCCUCCUUCCUGGUGCUUACAGUUUGAGCAGAGAUGAAUUCCCUUCUCACUUUGUCUUUGGUGCAUCAACCUCUGCCUACCAGGUUGAAGGUGCAGCCAAUGAAGAUGGUAGGAAACCAAGCAUAUGGGAUACAUUUUCCCAUGCUGGAAAUGCAAAUAUGUACAAAGGAGAUGGAGAUGUUGCAUGCGAUGGAUAUCACAAAUAUAAGGAAGAUGUGCAACUCAUGGCCAAUAUGGGUUUAGAUGCCUAUAGAUUUUCAUUAUCAUGGUCAAGACUUAUUCCAGAUGGAAAAGGACCAGUCAAUCCUAAAGGAUUACAGUAUUACAACAACCUCAUCAAUGAACUAAUAAGCCAUGGGAUCCAACCACAUGUUACAUUGCACCAUUGGGAUUUACCACAAACACUUGAAGACGAAUACGAAGGAUGGAUUAGCAAAAAAAUUGUGUAUGAUUUCACAGCUUAUGCUGAUGUAUGCUUCAGAGAAUUUGGUGAUAGAGUUAAGUAUUGGACCACAGUAAAUGAGGUUAAUAUUUUUGCAAUGUUUGGCUAUGGUGUUGGAUUAGGACCACCUCAGAGGUGUUCUCCUUUCUCAGUAGCAAACUGCUCAAGAGGAAAUUCUUCAACUGAGCCGUAUUUAGCAGCACAUCAUAUGUUGUUAGCACAUGCUUCAGCUACAAGAUUGUAUAACAAGAAAUAUAAGGGAGUACAACAUGGGUUUAUUGGGUUGAAUGUUCUUACUAUUAGUUUUGUUCCACUGGCAAAUACUAGUGGAGAUAUUAUUGCCACUCAAAGGGCCCAUGACUUUUGGAACGGAUGGGUACUAAAUCCAUUAACAUUUGGUGAUUAUCCUGAUAUAAUGAAAAGGAAUGUUGGCUCAAGGCUUCCUUCCUUCACUAAAAAGGAAUCAAAUAUGAUCAGAAACUCAUUUGACUUCUUAGGAAUAAACUUUUACAACACGUUUUCUGUUAACAGCUAUCCCGAAAGCUUGAACACGGAAGCUAUAGAUUUCAUGCCAGAUUUUGCAGCACAAAUUACAAUGCUUCCUGAAAAUGAUACAUCUAUAGAUCUGGUGCUAGAUUCCUUGAAGAAUGAUUAUGGAAAUGUUCCAAUAUACAUACAUGAAAAUGGCCACAAAACACCUCAUAAUUCAUCAUUGAAUGAUUUUUCUAGGAUAAAGUACUUGCAGAAAUAUAUUGGGGCCAUAGCUAAAUCAAUAAGGAGUGGAUCAAAUAUAAAAGGCUAUUUUGUAUGGUCCUUUAUGGAUGUGUUUGAAAUACUUACUGGAUAUGAAGUAAGCUUAGGCCUAUACUACACAGAUUUGAAAGAUCCAGACUUGAAGAGACAUCCUAAACUCUCUGCUAAAUGGUACUCAAGUUUUCUGAAAAAUAAACCUACGGAACCAAAGGUUAUUAUGGAAAUUGAGGGUGAUACAUCUUUGCUAUGA